AUGAAUGAGAGUGGCAAACGCAAGGGAGGCAAACACAAGAGCGUCGAACGUGAGUGCAACGAGCGCGAGGGAGUCGAGCGUGAGGGUAGCGAGCGCGAGAGCAUAAGUGAGCGGAUCGGCACCGAUGAGCUCAGCGUUAGUGAAGUCGGGUUUCCUACGAACGAGACGUUAGCUCGGCAUGUGGAGAUUGGCGCCGAGAUCGACGUGUCGAGAGAAUCUGAGAUCGACUCGAGAGAUCCGCGUGCUGGGUUUACAGAUGAAGGUGGCGAGCUAAGUCGAGAUGGGUUGAGUGGCGAGCUCGGCGGAAAGCGCCAUAUCUCUUCUCGUGGGAGUGAUGAGGUUGCUGAUCGGCAGUUUGCGGUCGCCGCGGGUUUAAGAGGAGAUGAGCUCGGCAUAAGGGAAAUAGAGGUCGAUGAGGAAGGACUCGGGGUCGGCACUGAUGAGCUCGGCGGUGGUGAAGUCGGAGGUCGCCGCGCAGAGUUCGUCAGUUCGAGCUCGGCAAGAUCGAAGGUGGCUUCCGGUUCCUCUCUCGGGGUUGGCUCUGGUAUCGCGAUUGGCUCUCGGGAGGUCGGCAUAUGUCGAGUGCGGAUUGUCAGAUCGGCGAGAUCCGAUGAUGUUGACGCCGACCACGGGAUUCUCAUAGCGAGUGAAGAUGAUGGUGGUUUCAACGAUGGCAAUGCCGAUCUGAUGAUGGGAGGCCGGCCCAAGGCAAGAUCCGGGAAUGUGGUUGAUGAAAGAAAUGUCAAGGUUGGCCUUGUAAGGAUCGAAGGGUGGUGCGACGAGGUCGGCAUUGAUGAGCUCGGCAAUAGAAGUGACGAGCUCGGCAAUGGUGAUGAGGUUGGCAUUGACGAGCCUGGAAAUGAUGAGAUCAGCAAUGGGGAGCUUUGCAUAGCGAUUGCCGAUCUUUUCGGGAGACGGUCGAUGAGCUGGAGUUCGAUGUGCCUUCCAAUGCCGAUCUGGGGAUAG